CGUCCCCGCCCGGCCCGUCCCUCCCCUCGCCGCGUCCUCCGUCCCAGGCGGACCGGAACUAUGUGAUCCCGGAAGUUCCGGGGCCACUGCUGUGUGGGAUAAACAGUGAUGGCGGAGGCUGCGGCUCCCGGAACAACAGCCACAACAUCAGGAGCAGCGGCGGCGGCGGCGGCGGCGGCCUCCCUCACGCCCGUCCCCGCAGUCGCUGCCCCGUGUCCGGGGGCGGGCGGCGGCGGCGGGGGCGGCUGGACGAAACAGGUCACCUGCAGAUAUUUUAUGCAUGGGGUUUGUAAGGAAGGAGAUAACUGUCGAUACUCGCACGACCUCUCUGACAGUCCAUAUGGUGUAGUGUGCAAGUAUUUUCAAAGAGGGUACUGUGUUUAUGGAGACCGCUGCAGAUAUGAACACAGCAAGCCACUGAAACAGGAAGAAGUGACUGCUACAGAUCCGAGUGCAAAACCAUCCCUUGCUGCUUCCUCAAGUCUCUCUUCGGGGGUUGGAUCACUUGCGGAAAUGAAUCCAGGCGAAGAAUCCAGGCCAAGAACCACAAACUUUGCAGCUGUGGGAGCGGGUUCAGAGGACUGGGUGAAUGCCAUUGAGUUUGUACCUGGGCAGCCCUACUGUGGCCGUACUGCCCCUCCCUGCACUGAAGUACCCCCGCAGGGCUCAGUGACCAAGGAAGCGUCAGACAAGGAGCCAACUGCGGAGCCCAAGAAGCAGCUUUGCCCUUACGCUGCAGUAGGAGAGUGUCGCUAUGGGGAAAACUGUGUGUAUCUCCACGGAGACUCCUGUGACAUGUGUGGCCUGCAGGUCCUGCACCCGAUGGAUGCUGCCCAGAGGUCACAGCACAUAAAAUCUUGCAUUGAGGCCCAUGAGAAGGACAUGGAGCUCUCGUUUGCUGUACAGCGCAGCAAGGACAUGGUAUGUGGGAUCUGCAUGGAGGUGGUCUAUGAGAAAGCCAACCCCAGCGAGCGCCGCUUUGGGAUCCUGUCCAACUGCAACCACACCUACUGUCUCAAGUGCAUCCGCAGGUGGAGAAGCGCUAAGCAGUUUGAGAGCAAGAUCAUAAAGUCCUGCCCCGAAUGCCGGAUCACAUCUAACUUUGUCAUUCCAAGUGAGUACUGGGUGGAGGAGAAGGAGGAGAAGCAGAGACUCAUUCAGAAAUACAAGGAGGCCAUGAGCAACAAGGCGUGCAGGUAUUUUGAUGAAGGCCGUGGGAGCUGCCCUUUUGGAGGGAACUGUUUUUACAAGCAUGCGUACCCUGAUGGCCGUAGAGAGGAGCCACAGAGACAGAAAGUGGGAACAUCAAGCAGAUACCGGGCCCAACGAAGGAGCCACUUCUGGGAGCUCAUUGAGGAGAGAGAGAACAACCCCUUUGACACCGAUGAAGAGGAGGUUGUCACCUUUGAGCUGGGCGAGAUGUUGCUUAUGCUUUUGGCUGCAGGUGGGGACGACGAGCCGACAGACUCUGAGGACGAGUGGGACUUGUUUCACGAUGAGCUGGAGGACUUUUAUGACUUGGAUCUAUAGCAGCUUGCGUGGCGUGUGAACUGGCCUGCGGAGGCUCAGCCAGUAGCUGUCCCCUGUGCUGUGUGGCAGUCAGUGCGUGUGGCUCUCCUAGGCAGGUCUCAAACUCCAGGUGCUGUCGUGAUCACUACCCAGGGUCUGCUCCUUUACCCCUCACUUUCCCCAAGAGUGUGUUGUUUUCUCUGUUUCAAAAAGUUACAAAAUAAAUCUUCAAGUUAGUUUUUUUGUAACAUGAA